UUGCAGGAUAUUUAAAGACUUAAGUAAUUAAACGGAAGUUUUAAUUCACAUUUACUACAUCAUUUAUUGAUGUUAUCAUUAUUACAUAAGGCAGGUGGGCUGUAUUGGUCAUUGCAAGGACUGCAUUGAUAUGAAGGAAACAGUAGCUCUAGUAACCGGUGGAGCGUCAGGUCUUGGUAAAGCGACGGUCCAGCAUUUACUGAAGCAUGGUUUCAAAGUGGCUAUGUUAGAUCUUCCAUCUUCAAAUGGUUCUUUCCUGUCGAAAUUGAUAAAUCGGGAUUGUUUAUACGUACCAGCUAAUAUAGCAAUUGAUAAGGAAGUAAAGAAUGGUAUGUUGAAAGUAAGGGAUAAAUUUGGGCAUUUGAACGCUCUAAUCAACUGUGCCGGAAUCUCCUUCAAUUUCAAAACAUUCAGUUUCAAUAAAGAAAAUAUGAAUCAGAAAUCAACAGCAAAGUCGGAUUUGAAUAAAGUGUUGGCAGUGAACGUUGUCGGGACACUCAAUGUUAUUCGACAUGCACUUGAUUUAAUGGCGCAAAAUGAGAAAGAUGAAUCGGGAUGUCGAGGCAUUGUCGUCAACACGUCAUCGUUCUCAUCGUUUGAACCACAGUUUGGUCAAGGGUUUGAUGCAAUGUCUUCUGGAGCUCUGAAUAGUGCUACACUAGCGUUGUCAAGAGAUCAUGCUUCGGAUGGUAUUCGAUUUGUGGCAAUUGCUCCGGGCAUUUUCCGGACACCCUUGGUGAUUUCCCAUAUGAAUGAAUUGAAUGUGGAAACAUAUGAAAAAAUGGUGGAACUUCCUGCGCGAUUAGGCAUGCCAGAAGAAUUUGCUGCUCUCGUGUUGCAUGUUAUUCAGAAUAGUUACUUGAAUGGCGUGGUCAUACGUCUAGAUGGUGCGCUUAGGAUGCCACCGUAAACUGUUGUUCAUUAGAUAGAUCUAUGAAUCGAUACGUCAUUAUUCAUUUUAGACUUUAACGUGUGAAUGUUGCUUACAUGGUCUGUAUAUUGAUUUUGUUUUGUUGUAAAUGUUAACUGUUGCUAUUUUUUCUUUCUCAUUUGAUUUCUAUUAUCAAUAAAGUUGGUAAACCAA